GCGAAAGAAGACCAAUUUUACGCCGCAACUCGUCAAAAUGGAUAGUUUGACCAACGCGCUGGGCAGCGUGCCACAAGUGGUGCAGUGGGCCCUUGCUGGAGUAGGGGCUCUCUACCUCUCUGGCAAGGUCUUGAGUUACCUGCACCUGGUGCUGAACCUUUUCAUUCUGGGCGGUACCAACCUGAGCAAAUAUGGUAAAAAGGGUAGCUGGGCCGUUGUUACCGGCGCCUCGGACGGACUGGGCAAAGAGUUUGCCUCACAACUAGCAUCCAAAGGCUUCAAUAUUGUCCUUGUCUCCCGCACCGAGUCAAAGCUCAAGGAACUCGCAAAGGAGCUCGAGGCCCAAAAUGGCAGCCUGAAGACCAAAGUCCUGGCGAUGGACUACGAGCAGGACAACGACGAGGACUACGAGAAACUGAGCCAACUUCUUACCGGCCUGGAUGUCGCCAUUUUGAUCAACAAUGUCGGCCGCAGCCACUCGAUCCCCGUGCCAUUCCUCCAGACCCCGCGCGAGGAGCUACAGAACAUUGUCACCAUCAACUGCCUCGGUACACUCAAGACGACCCAGGUCGUGGCUCCUAUUAUGGCUCAGCGCAAGCGCGGUCUCAUUCUCACCAUGGGUUCCUUCGGUGGCUGGAUGCCCACACCUUUCCUGGCGACCUACAGCGGCAGCAAAGCAUUCCUGCAGCACUGGAGCACCUCGCUCGCCGAAGAGCUCCGCAGCAGCGGCGUCGACGUCCACCUGGUCCUGAGCUACCUCAUCGUGUCCGCCAUGAGCAAGGUGCGUCGCCCUAGCGCCAUGGUCCCGACGCCGCGGGCUUUCGUGCGCUCGGCACUGGGCAAGAUUGGGUGUGCGACACAGAACGUGGCCUACACCUACACGCCGUGGUGGAGCCAUGCCAUCAUGCAAUGGUGGGUUGAGAACACGGUCGGCAUCGGUAGCAAGAUCGGACUGCAGGUCAACCUGAAAAUGCACAAGGACAUUCGCACUCGUGCGCUGAAGAAGGCGGAGAGGGAGGCAAAGAAAGCUUGAAUAGCUGGUGGGGGUUGUGAAUAAAGCAAAAUAUAGACAAAGCCUUUUGUUUUGUGGAAAUCGGCAUGUCGGAGGCCAAAGAAUUAUUUGCGUUGCCAAAAUUAGGGCACGCGGGGAAUACUUAACCAAAGGAAGGCGGGCAGGUAUCUGCCCGCAUACAUGGGAGCUCGCAGCCAAAAUGUUUUGUCCUUGAGAUAUCGAGAUUUGCAAAAUCAAAACCUGAGAGGCUUGAGCUCUUGCGCAAGGUUGAGAAGACGAUAGUAAAAAAUACCACGCCAUGAAAAAUA